AAAGCGCCUGCAGUGGAAUGGAUCCCAGGGAACCCUGGGGUUGGCGUGAAAGGCACGUGUCUUGGCGCCCGGUUGGUAUUAAAGGUGCAGUGGAAAGAAUUUGGCGGCGAAGAAAGCGGGCGGCAGGAGAUUAGAGAUUGAGAGAGAAAAUGAGUAGGUGUUCGAGGGGAGAAAAGGAAGCCAUGAAAUCAACCAACAAUGGGGAAAAAGAAGAAAGAUAUCAUUCAGUUGGAUCGCGAAUCCGUGAUUCCGAUUCACAAACCCAAGCUUAUCAUCACCUUGUCCAGCCUCAUUGAAGAUAGAUCAGAGAGGGACGAGUUUCUCAAGUUCUGCAAAAGAGUUGAAUACACAAUCCGAGCUUGGUAUAUUCUACAGUUUGAGGAUAUGAUGCAAUUGUACUCCCUCUUUGACCCCGUUCACGGGGCCGAGAAAUUGGAGCAGCAGACCCUGUCUCCUGAAGAAGUUGAUACUCUUGAGUUGAAUUUCUUGGCAUACUUGUUUCAGAUGAUGGAUAAAAGCAACUUCAGGCUAACAACAGAUGAUGAGGUUGAUAUUGCACUUUCUGGGCAAUAUCGUCUGAAUCUUCCUAUCAUUGUUGAUGAAUCUAAGCUUGACAAGAGGCUUUUGAGGAGAUAUUUUGCAAAGCAUCCUUAUGAAAACCUUCCUCACUUUGCUGACAAGUACAUAAUCUUCCGACGUGGCAUUGGAAUUGAUAAAAUGACCGGUUACUUCAUCAAUGCAAAAGUCAACACAAUCAUUGCACGUUUUUUCGGAUCUCUUUUCAGAUGGACUGGGAUAAGUAGAUGUUUUUAUGGAAAGUCUAGUUCACAGUGUAAGAAAGAACAAGAAAACCCUAUUCAGAUUAGCACUGAAGCUGAGCAAGAUGGCCUAUCUGUUGAACGAAUCCAUAUCGAAAAUAUGAAGCUCAGUAUCUCAAAUCUAAUGAACAAGAUCACAAUCCAGGAACCUACUUUUGAUAGGAUAAUUGUUGUUUACAGGCGGAUUAGUAAGAAAGAAAAAUUGAAACGAGGAAUAUAUGUGAGGCAUUUCAAAAACAUUCCAAUGGCUGAUAUGGAAAUUGUUCUUCCAGAAAAGAAAAAUCCAGGUUUAACUCCAAUAGACUGGGUCAAAUUCCUUGUUACUGCUGUGAUUGGGCUGGUGACUGUAAUUAGUUCACUCAGCAUGUCAAAAGUGGAUAUUCGGGUCAUCUUUGCCAUCCUCUCCACACUGAUUGGUUACUGUGCCAAGACAUACUUAUCGUUUCAGAAAAAUUUGAAUGAGUACCAGAACUUAAUCACACGGUCCAUGUACGACAAACAACUGGAUAGUGGAAGGGGAACUCUGCUUCACUUGUGUGAUGAUGUGAUUCAACAAGAAAUAAAAGAGGUAAUUAUUUCAUUCUUUAUAUUGAUGGAGCAGGGCAAAGCCACUAAACAGGAUCUUGACCUGCACUGUGAGGAACUAAUUAAAGAAAAGUUUGGUGAAACUUGCAAUUUUGACAUUGAUGAUGCAGUUCAAAAGUUACAGAAGUUAGGCAUCAUUUCCCAGGAUGAUGUUGGAAGGUAUUCUUGCAUAAGUUUGGAGCAUGCCAAUGAGACUAUUGGAACCACCACAGAGGAAAUUGUCAAGGCAAAACAGGGUGCUUGGAAUAUUUGAUGCUGUUAUGGAGAUGCAAACUCAUUCCAUCUCUGUAAGUGAUUCAAACAUCUAAUGCCUUGGCAGAUAUCUAUGGCUUGAUACUUCUUCUCUCAAGCCUCUCCAGACCAACACUUGGUGGUAAGAAUUCUUCAAUUGUGUGCAUAUUUUUGCUUGGAGCAGUCAAAUUGGAUAGGUUGUUUUUAACCUGCAAAACAAGGCAGUGUUAAUAGUUACAGUCUAUACAGAUUUGGCAGUAAAAUGUACAUAAUGUUGUUUUUUGUUUAUGGUCAUAGAUUUUAUUGUGUACAUGUGCUUGUGUAUGUGAGGAUAAUCGUGAAUGUUAAUUGUAUAGUCGAUGACAUUUGGGGUUGAUUGAUAUUCUCAUAUUUAAUGAAAUUUCUCUUCAGUUCAA